CUAGUAUCGUUUUCUAUCAGUACCCAAGCCACCUUAUCGGCAGCAUUUAAGAAUAGAUCAGAAGCAUACGACUUGCGCCGUGCCCCCCCAGAGUAGAGGACACAUACGAGGUAUCAAAAUGGACAUGUCCAAAACUUCAAGGAAGCCGAACCGGCCGACCAUCGUCGACGAUAUCGACGCCAUCACACCGUGUCCGCUCGCCCGCAGCCCCGCCGAGGAAAUUGAAAUACCCGAGCUCGUCAGCCCGAUUGAUAAAUUCCAAGAGUCAAGGUCGCCAUCGCCGUGUUCCGACGUUGCGUCAGUUCGUAUGGAUGCGUUUAGAAACAGAAGACGAGAGUCGGUUAAGGCACUGGAAGAGGGCACGAAUGGCGACCCUGUAAGGCUGUGGAAACGCAUGUUAGCCCUCCAGCAGACCUACGGCUGCUACAAGUCAGCUAGGAUGAGCGCUGCACUUAGCUCCGGCGAUAUCAGUUUAUUGUUGCCUUCGAAAGCAUGUUUGAACCUCUUAAACGAGAAUAUGGCUUUUUUGCCCGAUGAAGCAGAAGAUGCCCUUGGGGAGUGGCAGUCGGAUUUAGGUGGCGGACGAAAUCACUAAACCGUCUUGGAGGAUGAGCACAUCCUUUAAUUAUGAAGAUUGUUUUCGGUCAUGGGAAAAAAGGGAGGAUGUGCUCCGGUAAUAUUGGGCGUCGGCGGCAGA